GAUGCAGCUCAAUCCUCGUCCGUGGUGAAACUGUCGAUCUCUCUCUCUAUCUGCCUCUGCAUCCUUCUUCAGUGUGUUUGAGAGCGAAGGAGUCUCGAUAAGUCGGCAUUGAUCAACAGGCAUCCUGCCCUCUCUCCCCAAGAAAGCUCUCCAACUCGAAGCGCGCAAGCUACGUCAUAGCACCCAAAAAGACCAUGGUCAAAUGGGGGACGCUUCUCUUCGGAGCUCGUGAAAGGGAUUCACCACAUCACCACGGUGAGACACGGAGAUUGCUUCCCACUCACAGCAGCGACCUCCCGCCAUCUGCCCUGCCGCCGAAAGAAGUCACCAAAGUCGCCCUCCGGUUGAAGUAUCAGAUCGAGGAAGUCAUUCCUAUCGAGCUCCCUGAAGAGAAAAUCGUCGCUGCCAACAGCCCUGUCAUCACUCAGAAGGUGGUGCAGACUGCCAAAGAGGCCGGCGGGAGUGACAAUGCGGCAUGCGUGGUGUAUUGCUUGCUUGUGUGCAAGAGAUGGUUCACCAGACAAGCCAACCUGGAGCUCUGGGAUGCAGACUUACACCAUGUCCGUGCAGUGGCCUGCGAGAUGAUCGCCAAACGCAUCAUCGAGGCUGAGGAUGACCAGGAGUACUUGAUGCAAGAGAUUCUUCUCAAGCGCUACUCGGUCAUCCGCAAAGAAGAGGAGACAGCCCCAGCAAAUGUCAUUGAGAGAGCGGUCGACCUGCACUGCCUGAUCGUCAUUGGCUCGUCUGGCUACCAGAAAUGCAUCAAGUACCUUUGGAGAGGCUGGAUUCACCAGGAUGACAAAGACCCCGGCAGGUUUGUUUUCUACAAAGACCGCGACAACACAAAUUACUGGGUCCAUCUCAACCCCGACCGCAUGCGCACUCCCUUGUAUCAGAACGCCCUCCAAAUCACGAUAUCUGUUCUCUAUCUAGCUCUGUACACCGGAGCGGUCAAUACUGUGAACGAAGACGGUGACCUCGAUGUCGUCGAGGGCAUUCUCUAUGUGAUGACUCUAGGCUUCAUCUGUGACGAAAUCGGUAAAUUUUGGAAAGUCGGCAUUUGGUACUUUGGCUUCUGGAACGCCUUCAACAACUGCCUCUACGCCCUGCUUACGGCUUCCUUCAUUAUCCGCAUGACCGCUCUCGGCCACUCCCCCGACGAGAAUGACGACAAGCGCCGCCAACUCAACAGACUGGGUUAUCACAUAUUCUGUGUUGCCGCUCCAAUGUUCUGGGGCCGUCUCCUCCUGUAUCUGGACACAUUCCGCUUCUUUGGCGCAAUGCUGGUUGUGUUGAAAGUCAUGAUGCGCGAAUCCCUCAUCUUCUUUGCCCUUCUCUUGGUUGUCUGCGUGGGGUUUCUGCAAGCUUUCAUCGGCCUUAACCAAGUCGAGGGAAAUAGCAGUAUCACCAGCUUCAUCAUCACCGCCAUGGCCAAUUCCGUCAUGCAGUCACCCGACUUCGAAGGCUUUGAUAACUAUGCUCACCCCUUUGGCCUGAUACUAUAUUACAUAUUCACGUUCGUCGUGAUGGUGAUCCUGCUCAACAUCCUGAUCGCAUUAUACAACAGUGCAUACGAAGAUAUCACGGAGAACGCGAUCGAUGAGUACAUGGCUAUGUUUGCGCAAAAGACAUUACAGUUCGUGCGUGCCCCCGACGAAAACGUCUUCAUCGCGCCUUUCAAUUUGAUUGAGUUGAUCUUCUUGAUCAUCCCAUUCGAAUGGUGGAUGGACCCUUAUCGCUAUGAACGAUUGAAUAACUAUGUCAUGGGCGUCAUCUACUCGCCUCUCUUGCUGAUCACAGCUGGUUUGGAGUCUAUGGAUGCGCGCACGGUACGAAGUAACAGGAGUCGGGGAGAAGAAGAUGAUGACACAAUCGAGGAAUGGGAGGAAAUGGCCGGCGAAUUGAAUUUCGAGUCCGAGGGGUGGGACAAAAAGGUCCAGUCCUCACGGCCUGUGGUCGAGGUCGACGCCGAUGUCGUCGAGAUAAGACAGCUGAAGGAGCAGGUUGAUGAACUGCAGCGACUGGUGAGGGCCUUGAGUCCCGAAGCUGAUGGGUCAUGAAAUCAGUACGGGCAGCCUCGCAAAGGGAAUCGGUUGGGAAUUUGACAUCUUUCGAGGGGUAUCUGGUUGGCCCAAUGUUGUCUGCAAAGUAUUGUUGUCUUUUGAAGGAUUAAUGUCUAUUGCCUCUGGCCUAGCAAGUGGUUCUACGUUGUGUCCUUGACGGCUCAUACGAAAGGGUGAGAUGCCGUAGCUGUACCAGCUGAAUCGCAAGAUUCUGUGAACACAAUGCCUUCUGGUCACGGUAUAAAAGAGGAGAAGUGCCCUCUCAAAGGACAUGACAGAAUAUGAACGUUGAGGACCCCCA